GCCAAAGGGGGACCUUCCUAGUUCAGCCCAACGAUCAAAACAUUAUUUGUGCGCAAUGGGAGUGUGUGCGUCUUCGGAAAAGACGUUUCUAAUCCCAUAGUCGGCGCACAUUGUGGGGAAAGCUUGUCAUGCUGCAGCUGAACGACAGCAUGGAGCCGGAGAGCCCCGGCGCGGCGGUGCUGCACCCCGAGGAGGAGGACGGGGUGGAGGUCGCCUUCACGCCGCCCGAGGCCGUGCGAGGCCUCGGCCGCGCCAGCUCCGUGGCCUGCUGCCCGCCGCUGCAGACGCUCACGCCGUUCCACGUCCACAACCCCACCAUGCAGGCCAAAGUGAAGGACUACUUCGUGUUCAGGCCAGGUACCAUCGAGCAGGCUGUGAGCGACAUCCGGACCGUGGCGCUGCCCUCGGAGGAUGGGGAGGUGCUGAGCGUCUGGCUGCUGGCAGAAAUUGACCACUGGAACAACGAGAGGGAGAGGCUGGUGCUCAUUACUGAGAGGUCUCUCCUGGUCUGCAAGUAUGACUUUAUUAAUCUGUUGUGUCAGCAAGUAAUCAGGAUCUCUCUCAACGCCGUGGAUACCAUCUCAGUGGGCGAGUUUGAGUUCCCACCGAAAUCCCUCAACAAGAGAGAGGGUUACGGGAUUCGCGUCCAGUGGGACAAACGUCCCCGUGCUUCAUUCGUGAACCGCUGGAACCCCUGGUCCACAGAGAUGCCCUACGCCACCUUCACAGAGCACCCCAUGGCCCACGCCGAUGAGAAGGUGGCCUCUCUCUGCCAGCUCCCCAAGUUGGACAACUUCAGAUCCCAGCUGGUGCAGGCAGUCAAGAGAGCUCAUAAGGAGCACCCCAUCCCCGGUCGGGCUAACGGUGUCCUGAUCUUGGAAAGACCUCUCCUCAUUGAGACCUAUCUGGGCAUUAUGUCUUUCAUCAAUAAUGAGGCCAAGCUGGGCUACUCCAUGACACGUGGAAGAAUCGGCUUCUAAAAUCUACAGUUCCUCUAAAGCUCGGCCCGUGUGUCUGUGUUACGUUGCACCGUUGAAGGGAAGCUACGGCCUCCGACGUGUUCACGCCACGUCGCAGACGAGCGCUCCAGUCUGCAGCAGGUGAUUGAAGGGGCAGUGCUGCAUGGACUGUCAACUCAUUGUUUUUUUUUUGCGUAUUCAGUUGCUUUCCACCAAAAAGCUGCACACAGCUCCGUCACAGACGUGUUUGGAGGCGAAGCCCACAGAAGUUCGGAGUGCACAGCUCAUCAGAAAUGUGACGUUUUGAUUUUGAUGGAAGUAUCAAUUUCAUGGGUAAAGUACGUUGCUUUUCGCUCCCUUAAAUGAGCAACUAUGACAUACACAACAUGUUCUUGUAUGUCACAGAUGUUCUAUGUAAUCUUGCUCUGUUAAACAUGUAUUUUUGUUUGUUUGUAAGUUGCCUUAAUGGUCCUAGAACUGGGAUUUGUGUUAACACAUUUACUUUUAAACUAAUAAUAGUUGAGUUACAAACAGAUAUACAUGCGUUCACAUCACAUCAUUGCCAUCUUGAGGUAUUGAUACUUUGAGUAGGAUUUAAGUGAUUCCUUUUGUAGGAAACAAAAUCCAAAAAAAAAUCCAUCUUUUUGCCCAGCCAAAGCUCACACACCAUACUACCAUGCAUACAAUGCCAAAAAUGAUGUUGUUCCACAUUGUCUUUUUCUGGUCCUACUUGUGCAUGCUCCUUGCAUGUUGAGUUUGCAUGACCGGUCUUUUUUUUUUUCUUUGUCUUUUUUAGAAAACUGGAGUGAAUUUGUAAAUAGUGAUGUGAUUUAUUUGAAUCAUUUAUUUUGAUUAAGUAACUCAUAAAUACUUACAGAAAAAUAAUAUAAAUGCCAGUUCGGGAAGAUUUUAUUUAACGGGAGAUAAAUGUGUUGUUGCAAAUGUCUGAAGCUUGUUUUCUUGCUCUAAAUAUCUGUAGCACAGCAGCAACAAUGGAAAAUAAUAAAGGUAUACAUGUUUUUUUUUGUCAAGA